GCGCCGCGCGAACCCGUUGGUCUAGCUUCGGAGAGGCAUUGCUGCUGCCACAGCCGCCACCGUCGGCAGGAAACGCAGGAGCGGACCUAGCGCAGCGCGGCGAUGGGCGGGAGCAGAGCCCCGCCGGAGAGGCUGGGCGGCUGCCGGUGACAGAUUGUGCUCUGUUCCUGCAUGUCCUGCUGCCCUGAACUGUCCUGAGCUAGGUGACAGCGUGUCACGCUGCCACCAUGAACGAGGUGUCUGUCAUCAAAGAAGGCUGGCUCCACAAGCGUGGUGAAUACAUCAAGACGUGGAGGCCCCGGUACUUCCUGCUGAAGAGUGAUGGUUCCUUCAUUGGCUAUAAGGAGCGGCCCGAGGCCCCUGACCAGACGCUGCCCCCUUUAAACAACUUCUCCGUUGCGGAAUGCCAGCUGAUGAAGACCGAGAGACCGCGGCCCAACACGUUUGUCAUACGCUGCUUGCAGUGGACCACAGUCAUCGAGAGGACCUUCCAUGUAGACUCUCCAGAUGAGAGGGAAGAGUGGAUGCGGGCCAUCCAGAUGGUCGCCAAUAGCCUCAAGCAGCGGGGCCCAGGCGAGGACCCCAUGGAAUACAAGUGUGGCUCCCCUGGUGAUUCUUCUGCAGCUGAAGAGAUGGAAGUGGCAGUUAGCAAGGCACGGGCCAAGGUGGUAAGUGCUUGGGGAGAGAGCUGCCAAAUGUCCUUGGUCCAAGGCAGGGUUCCUCAGCCUCAGACAUGUGGGCUGACUUCUCUGCUGUGGGGUCAUGCUUUGUACUGCGGGUGCGGAGCAGUGACCGUCUCCACCCAGGAUGAAGUCGCCCACACAGUCACCGAGAGCCGGGUCCUCCAGAACACCAGGCACCCGUUCCUCACUGCGCUGAAGUACGCCUUCCAGACCCAUGACCGCCUGUGCUUCGUGAUGGAGUACGCCAACGGUGGGGAGCUGUUCUUCCACCUGUCCCGGGAGCGCGUCUUCACGGAGGAGCGGGCCCGCUUUUAUGGUGCCGAGAUCGUCUCGGCCCUGGAGUACCUGCACUCGAGGGACGUGGUGUACCGCGACAUCAAGCUGGAAAACCUCAUGCUGGACAAAGACGGCCACAUCAAGAUCACUGACUUUGGCCUGUGCAAAGAGGGCAUCAGUGAUGGGGCCACCAUGAAAACCUUCUGCGGGACCCCCGAAUAUCUGGCACCUGAGGUCCUGGAGGACAACGACUACGGCCGGGCUGUGGACUGGUGGGGGCUGGGCGUGGUCAUGUACGAGAUGAUGUGCGGCCGCCUGCCCUUCUACAACCAGGACCACGAGCGCCUCUUCGAGCUCAUCCUCAUGGAGGAGAUCCGCUUCCCGCGCACGCUCAGCCCUGAGGCCAAGUCCCUGCUGGCUGGGCUGCUUAAGAAGGACCCCAAGCAGAGGCUCGGCGGGGGGCCCAGCGAUGCCAAGGAGGUCAUGGAGCACAGGUUCUUCCUCAGCAUCAACUGGCAGGAUGUGGUACAGAAGAAGCUCCCACCGCCCUUCAAACCUCAGGUCACAUCCGAGGUCGACACCAGGUACUUCGAUGAUGAGUUCACUGCCCAGUCCAUCACAAUCACACCCCCGGACCGCUAUGACAGCCUGGGCUCUCUGGACAUGGACCAGCGGACUCACUUCCCCCAGUUCUCCUACUCGGCCAGCAUCCGCGAGUGAGCAGUGCCGCCCGCCUGCCCGCCGCCGCCGCCGCCGCCCCCACCACCACCACCACGGACAUGCAUGGCUGCCGUUGCCGCUGGGGCAGGGGGGGCUUUGUCUUUUUGUUUUUUUGGUCUUUUUUGUUUGCCUCUCCAUCCCUCACCCCUUA